GGAAUCAAGUAUUUCCGCUGUAUUCGGUUGACAGUUUAGUCUUCCGCAUAAUAUGCCAAAGACAGCAGGGUGUAAGAAGAAAACGACAGGUAGCUAGCUAUACAAUUAAAGAUCUGUGCCUCGACACAAUCCUGCCUCGGAGCUCUACGGACGAUUCCAUCAACCUCGUGGCUUCGUUUUUGUUCUGACAUGCACUGUCAACUGUGGGACCUUAUAUAGACAGCUGAGGCAGGGAUGCAUCUGACAUCCAUCCGCAGUGAUCGUCACUGGAUGUGAUAAGUAGGCGGGCCUUCUUCUGACCAGUCAACGGGGCCAAUACCUGCAAGCAGCAGGUGUGGGCACACCUCUUGAGUGGUGGGCGUUGCCAAAGCUCCUCGGCCUUUACUGUCAUUGGCUGUGACUGGAGGAGCAACCAAGUACCUGACUGACGCUUCAUUAGUGGGUGGACCCAGUCCAGAGUGAAAGGCGUGGCCAGUUAUGGAGAGCAUAAGUGGUAGCAGCAUGGACUCGAGAAACACCCUUCGAGGCAUAAACACCACACCUGUCUUGGCCCGCAUAGAGUCUUAUGAGGCAAGCGAGAAGAAGUGCAUCUCCGAUGUCAGGAGGACAUUCUGCCUCUUUGUCACCUUCGACCUCCUCUUCAUCACCUUGCUCUGGAUCAUUGAGCUCAAUGUGAAUGGAGGAAUCGAGACGCGGCUCGAUAAGGAGGUCUUACACUAUGACUACCACGCCUCAUUCUUCGACAUAUUUCUCCUGGCUGUGUUACGGUUUGCAGCCCUAAUCUUGGCCUAUGCUGUUUGUAAACUGCGUCACUGGUGGGCCAUAGCGAUAACCACAGCAACCACAAGUGCUUUCCUGAUCGCAAAAGUCAUUUUAUCAAAGCUCCUUUCCCAGGGGGCCUUUGGGUACCUGCUGCCCAUCAUCUCUUUCAUCCUGGCCUGGAUAGAGACGUGGCUACUAGACUUUAAGGUUCUACCUCAGGAGGCUGACGAUGAGAACAGAUUUCUUUCUAUAAUGGACGCCCCUGAAAGGACCUCAUUUGUGCAACCAGGACCACUUUCAGAUGGGCAGUUCUACUCCCCACCCGAGUCUGUGGCAGACUCUGAUGAGGAGCUGUUGGAUGAUAAACAUGACCCGGAGAAGGCUCUUAUUUAGCAGUACCAGUGGUCAUCCUGGGAGGUGAAACCCAUUUGAAGAUUCACAACCUCUGCGUCUAAAGUUACUCAAGUGCUACCAGCAGCUGCCCCAUCUAACCACGGGGAAGACUUACGACCACUGCAUGUUCUGUAUUCCUCCAAUGAGAGCUCUGUAUUCCUCAGCCUAUCACCUUCUACACACCUGCUUCAUGUCCCGUCGCCUCUUCACUCAAGCUUCCAAAUAAUUAUUUUUAAGAACUGAGUGCAUAUUGUUUUUGUUGCCAGAUAUAAGUUCCUGAUGUGCUUAUUCUUGUAUUUCUUGCUGAUAUGGUUAGAAGCUUCAAAAUCAGUUCCUAAUUGAAGACUGAGAAGUCCGCAUGGGCAGUGUGUGCCAAUUUCAAGUGUGGCUGUUGAGCUCUAAGGAUGGCACUUGAAUAUAAAUCGAUUACGCAGGGAAAAAAUGUAUUGAUGUUGAGCAAAUGCCUUCGGACAGCUGUCAAGGGGGGGAAAUAUAGAUUACAUAACCAACACAGCUGUGCCUGCAUAUGUAACGACUUCAGUUGGUAAUCUAUAUAUGUCUGAAUGCAUGACUUUGGGAACUCAAUGACAAUGUUUUUUUGAUUUCUUCUUAUGACUACCCUCUCUUCAUCAUAGGAAAGGAAGAAAUUGUAUACAGCACAUGUUUUUAAUCACUGGAAGGUGUUGUACUGUUUGUUUUCUCAACUGACUAUUUGGAAGUAGAAGGGCAUUAGACCGGAAGCUUCUUAGUAAACUUUCCACUUGGCUUUGCAAAAUGUAUCAAUACACACAUUUAAAAAAAAUGGCAGAAUACAUUUCCCAUGAAUUCAUAUUAGAGUUCAACACGGGUAUCUUUUACACCACCUGGAAGUUUCAUACUUUUAAUCAAAAUAUCUGCAUGGUAUGUUUUCAAAGUGAACUGUCCCAAAGCUUUUUAUGCAGAAGCAGAUGUAACGGAUGUGAAAUGGCUAGCUUAGUUAGCGGUGUGCGCUAAAUAGCGCUUCAAUCGUUUUCGUCACUUGCUCUGAGACCUUGAGGUAGUAGUUCCCCUUGCUCUGCAAGGGCCGCGGCUUUU